GCCUGGCGGGCCGGCAAGUGCGCGUCCCCCGCCUCCAGGCAGCCCGGAGCAACCCCGGUUAGCGCAGCGCCCUCUCGGCGGCGGCGGCGGCGGCGCGAUGCUGUGCUUCCUCCGGGGAAUGGCCUUCGUCCCCUUCCUCCUGGUGACCUGGUCGUCCGCCGCCUUCAUCAUCUCCUACGUGGUCGCCGUGCUCUCCGGGCACGUCAACCCCUUCCUCCCCUACAUCAGUGAUACAGGAACAACACCUCCAGAGAGUGGUAUUUUUGGAUUUAUGAUAAACUUCUCUGCAUUUCUUGGUGCAGCCACGAUGUACACAAGAUAUAAAAUAGUAGAGAAGCAAAAUCAAACCUGCUAUUUCAGCACUCCUGUUUUUAACUUGGUGUCGUUAGUUCUUGGAUUGGUGGGAUGUAUCGGAAUGGGCAUUGUUGCCAAUUUUCAGGAGUUAGCUGUGCCAGUGGUCCACGAUGGGGGCGCCCUUUUGGCUUUCGUCUGCGGCGUCGUGUACACGCUCCUACAAUCCAUCAUCUCUUACAAAUCGUGUCCCCAGUGGAACAGUCUCUUGACGUGCCACAUACGGAUGGCCAUCUCUGCUGUUUCCUGCGCGGCUGUCGUCCCCAUGAUUGCUUGUGCUUCGCUAAUUUCGAUAACCAAGCUGGAGUGGAAUCCAAAAGAAAAGGAUUAUGUAUAUCACGUAGUGAGUGCGAUCUGUGAAUGGACAGUGGCCUUUGGUUUUAUUUUCUACUUCCUAACAUUCAUCCACGAUUUUCAGGGUGUCACCCUAAGGAUAUCCACAGAAAUCAAUGGUGACAUUUGAAGAAAGAAGAAUUGUAUCUCACUCAGUGAAUGUCGCAGACAAUUUCUAGAAGUGGUCCAGAGGACAGGCAGGGUUUUGAUGCUGCCCUGAUUAGAGUGUAUCUGCGGCACAUCCAGGACUUGAAUUUCAUUAAGAAUUCCCAAUAGUUGUACUAUUUUCAAAGGUAUGUUUUCCUAGAGAAUGUAGAGCACUUACGACAUUGUAGCGAUGUUUUCACAAUUUUCUAAGUAGACACUUUUUUAUAUUAACAGAUUCAUAAUAGAAAAGAUAAAGUGUUACAGAAAAUGGAGAGCUCUUAUUUUUGUACAGAUUCUGUUGUUGCUUUUUCUUUGUGUGUGAGUGAUUUAUGGAAAUACACUAAAGGAGGGCUUUAAAUUUAGUACAUUUGUUACAAAGUAAAAUCAGGGGAUAUUCAUUUUUUAAUUUCACUUUUAGAGAAUGUACUGUAUCAUUUUUUAUUAUGAGAAAAUUUAUAAAAUUGAAUUUAUAAUGAUCAUAUACCCAAAUCACAAAGAUUUAGUUAAUAAAUUAACACUAAGAUACUCCGAUUUUUUAGCUGAACUAACCAAAUGCUACUAUCGACAGGUCUUUGUACUACCAUGCACAGUAACUCUAAGUGACUAGGGGAGACCUCAGUUUUGGAAUCCUGCCUCCUCAUUUCUCCCUGUUCAAAGGGUGCAGCUUUUACCCUUGCUGCUAUACUUGAUCUUAACCAAAGGCCGAGACACAAUACCCUUGCUGCUAACUGGCAGUCCAUAGUGGGCGUGAUUCCAGGUGGGAUGGAUUCAGCAAGGCAGAUGAGAAAUUCUAAAACCGUCCUUUGUUGUCACUGGCAUAACUUGAUGUAUAGUCUGACUCAGAAGCUGAAACUCACAUCUAAAAUUCAUUUUUUGCCAGUAAACAUGCAAAGAGGACAAAGGCCCAAGAGUGAGACAAGGAGCAAGGAGAGAAGGAGGUGGCCCAAGUUUCUGGGUGCUGUUUAAUGCCCAUGGGUGGAUGUCCACAGCACUGCAGGGAAUUUGCAGGCCCUUUCAUUAAGUAGGACCUACACACUCCACCUUUUUACCCAAAUAAUGAAAGACAAAUAAAAAGCAAGUCAUUCCAGAGGAAAAAGUAGCCCUUAAAAUGUUAAGGCAUAGGCUUGAAAGGUGAUGAGAAGGAACUCUUUUUCAAAGACCCCAGGGCUUAAACCCUUGUCUGGCCAAGUGGGGCCGGCAUUAAGGGCACAUGCCAAGGGCAGAGCCGUCCAUUUGGGCAGCCUUGGAGGGCACAGGGGUGUGGGGAGUCCGUGGCAGCUCCUCAUUAACUGUUUGCUGGGUGGGCACAGGCGUGAGGUUCAGCAGGAGUCAGCCACCCCUGCAACGACAGGCUGUGUCUCCCCUGUGUGUCUAGCGGUGGGAGCUGCUAACCUUUUCUGGGUCCGCUGUAACUUGUCAUAAUGCUGUGAACCCCCAUUGCACCACUGGAACUGAAAGACAGUGAUCCAAGUUACGGCAAGCAUCAUUAUUCUGAGGAGGAGGAGGAACGCCACAUAUCAAUACCUUUUCCAUGGAACCUAUGGUAGAGUGAAUCCAUGGUUGUAUCUCGCUUUGAACAGACUUCUGUUGUCAGCACUUCUCAUGAUGCAUUAUCAUUCUUCAUUUCCAACUUCUCUCUGCACAAUUAGAUCGAGAGCUCCUUGAAGGCAGAGUAUGUGCCUUAAUCUUUAUCUUUGUAACUCCGGCAUUUCACACGGUGCCUCCUGGUACACUGUAGGUGCUCAAUAAAUACUCAUUGAAUGCAUGCAUGCAUGAAUGAAUGAACAAAUGAAGGAAUGACUAGGAUGUUUGUAGUGCUGCAUAAUGGCAUUUACUCUGGUUUACUAGUUAAUUUAAUGAUAAACAAAUAGUCUGUAUCACCCAGUAAUGUUGACUGUUUUGCUUUGUGUACUGUAAACACUUCAGUUGUUUGGCUACACCAUUCUAUGACAACUCUUCAUCCUGGACAGUUACUACAGAAAUUGUUACAUGGUCUAGACCAAAUGAUACACUUGUCUUGGCAAACUGAGAAGGCCCCACAUCACUCCAGACAAUGACAUUCUGCUGAUUCCGUGCGACCUCUAAAGCUGGUCUUACCCGCAUUUUGUUAUUAUUUCUAAUUUCCAUGAACUUGCAUUUCCUUGGAC